AUGAUUGCGAAAAGGAAUGACGAAAACGACAAGAUCGCCGAAGACGAAGAAGAACGGAAACACGAAUCCAUAAGCGACGUGGAAUCUGAGAAUCGGCGGUGGGAUGAGAACAAGGUAUUUCGAAAUCGCCUGGAGUAUCUGGCUAUCCUCUUCAUUCUGCAGUCGGGAAAUAACAAUUUCAUCGUUACCGUGACAAAGUCCGCUCAGUAUAACGGAAUAUCGUUUCUGAUACUCUACUACGGAAUUCACCACAUCGUGAUAGCGCCGCUUCAAUGUCAACAUCUGUUCCUUGGAUACUAUUCAAAGUUUGGCUACAUAAAGAUAUGGAACAUCUUUCCAAUCGGUUACGGCAUUGGCGCGAGCAUGAUGGCCUUUUCUUUAUACACCUGUAUUUACUGGAGUGCGUUAACCGGUCAACUCGUCCUACAAUCCAUCCUGAUACCCUUCAUGCCGGAAAAUUACUGGACCGAUUGUACCUACGAGUCUGAAAACUUGCCACCCUGCUUCGAGCUCAGUUCAAAACCCAAAAAUGUCGAUUGCAACAACACCUAUUAUCCAGGAAUCGCUCAGUACUAUCGCGUGUCGAACCUCUGGCGACCGGAUGAAAAACCCGACGGUAUCGGUCCGGUAAACUCAAAAUGGGUAGCGGCCUCAGCGCUGGUCUGGGUAAUCGUCGGUAUUCUGACCACUCGUGACUUCGGAUCGUUCAAAGGAAUGUUUGCUAAGCUCGCUUAUUCCGUAACGACCAUCUACUUCCUGAUGCUACUAAUAGAUUGGGCGAGCGAGGGUUACUCGGAAAAAGGCACCCUUCUCAUGCUGGACUUCAGUGGCUUGUUCAAUUACAAAAUCUGGGUCAAAGCAUUCACUCACGCUAUUCUCAUGUCGCACAUAUGCGAGGGUACCGUCAUACAACUGGGAAGCUACGGCCCAGAUAACUCCAUGCCCGACACAGACGUCCUUCUGGUUGGCUUUCUUGCCAGCAUACUGCAGUACCUUGGAAUCUAUUAUGUCUUUUCCUGUUAUGGGUCAAUGGCUGAUAAUCAGGGCCUUGAUACGAGCUGCUUCACCUGGCCACACGAGGUGGUCGUCACGGCUUUUAUCCCAACUCAAUUAUCCUUGCUGCCGAUGGCAAAGCUUUGGAUCGUUGCGGUUUUUUUGAUUUUUUUUAUAAAGGGAGUCAUGGAGAUGACCAUAGUCUUCACCGCAACGGUCAAUUCUUUCUUGGAAGCUUUUCCAUCUGUAAAAUCGUACCGGUCAUAUCUUGUCAGCAUAGUGACGCUUUCCUGUUUUGCAGUUAGCCUUAUUUUCACGACAAAGGUUGGAGGAAUAUUUAUCAACGAUUUUCUCGACUUUGUUGGAACCUUGGUGACCCUGUUGAUCCUUGCGAUCAUGACUUCGCUUAUCCUAUUUUCUUACUCCGUAACACGGCUCUGCGACGAUAUACAAUUCAUGUACAAAUUCGAACCGAAUCUUCUCAUGAAGGCCAUGUUCUAUUUGACGCCGCUGAUUGCCACGUACUACACGAUCUACCACCUCGCAGUCUUCUUCUCUCUGCCCACUAGGAUAAAUACUCUAUAUGACGAACUUUGGGAGCUUGAGCCUUUCCUGAUCCUUUCCUGCAUCAGCCUCGUAAUUCCUCUUCUCAUUGUUGGUCUAAUCACGUACGGCAUACACGUACGAACUCAUACAGUGGGGCUACUAUUUUAUCCGACGAAAUACUGGGGCUGCCCCGACGAGGAGAUGAACGUAACACGACGAGGCUUCAAUCCCAGGAGAGAAUUGCGUUACAAGGUGAAUAAGCCGUGCGCUCACAUCUGUCUGCUCGACAACAAGCGAAUGGAGGCGGAAAUCCGAAAGAGGGAAGCUAUCAGAAACAAGCUGAAACAGUACGGAUUGAAAACCUUAAAAGACGGCGUUUGA